ACUUACUCCAUUAGCAGUCGUAUUUCCGGAUAGAUCGAAUAGUAAAAUUGCACUCUUUUGCGCGACAUUACACCACAAAAUAAGAUGAAUGUACAGACUGAGUAUUUCAUACGACUGUUGUUGCUCCUCGUUCAAGCUGGCAUGCUGGUCUGUAGAGGCAUAACUCACAGGGAACUUGCAGGAACGCAACUCAACAUUGUACUCAAACCCCAUGAGAAAGCAUUGAAAAAGAAGCUUCUGAAAUCACAGUGUAUAGUACUUUUCCAAACCAGUGGCAUAUUACAUGUAGAAGACCUUGACCUUUCCUUGUUGACAGUUGUUCUACUUGACGUGCUGAUUCUAUCAACCACAGACAAACAGUACAUUAAAGUAAUAAAGGAAACAAGAAACACGUUGGCACAUAAUUCCACGGCUUCGGUUGAACUCGCUGAUUACAACAACUUAAAAACAGAUCUGGAAGAUGCAUUAACGAAAUUGUGCGUAGGCCUUGACGUGACUCUACAGACUGAAUGCUCAAAAUUAAUAAAGAAGUUCACAGGCGAACCUCUUGAUGAGGCAACUGCUUUAAAGUAUGUAAUGGAGCUGAGGAAUGAAGAUGAGCUAUUACAAGAUUUUGAAGGAAUGUUGGAAAAACAGUCUGAAGAUAUUCUGCAAGAAGUCAAAGCAUCAGAGAACCGAUUACAAGAAUCGCUCUCAGAUUUUAAGCAGGAAGUAAUAGAAGAGUUUCAGAAACUGCAUUUUGGAUGCACAGACGAUUUCACUAAAUCAAAUUUUCCCGAUACACUGCCCAGCUGUGAGGUUUGUUUCAGUGUAGACAACACUGCAACAUUCUAUUGUGAAGCCUGCUGUCAGUUUAUGUGCACUGAAUGCAACCAACGUAUCCAUACUGUUGAGAAGACGCACAGCCGGCAAAGAUUAGUCAAAGGUAAACCAAUAAAGAUAGAUAUGAAGGGUUAUGACUUGUGUGACAUACAUAAAAAGAGCCUCUUAUAUAUCUGCGAAUCUGACAGUAAACUUUGCUGUGAGGUGUGUUUAAAAGAGAAACAUGAAAACUGCAGUACAAUUUAUUCCAUUUCUGAAGAAACGCGUGAAUCAACACACAAUCCAACAAUGGAAAUACCUCGACUACAAAACGAAGCACGCCUGCUUAUUGCAUGGUUGUCUUCCAUUGAAAGAGAUGUAAACAAGAAUGUAGAAAGUAUUACAGCAAGGUUAGAUGAAUACAGAAAUGCGUUAUUGAAGCAAUUUGAUUCUGAAUCACAAAAAAUAAAAGAAAAAGUUAAUGAAAUGAAAAAUAGUACAUUGAAUGAAAUAAAGAAAAAUCGCAAAUACUGUGAGCAUGUCAUUGAGAAAUCUGAACAAGCCAAACUUUCAAUGAUAAAUAUGACUAAAUGUGGCACACCCUCACACAAACUUGUGUUUCAAUAUCGGAUAGAGGAAUUUAGAAACGAAGUGCAGUCCCUAACAGAUGUGGAUAUUGUAUCUUUACACAUGGAGUUAAAAUUACCAGAGCAAAUUGCACUUCAUUCUGAACUAGUACCAGUACGAGUGGAGGCACCGGAAACCAGGCCUGUACAGUUGUAUCAGAUUGGUGUUCUCGAACUGAAGCAGAAUGAAAACGAAAAGAGAGUACCAUUUUACACAGGACUUGAUUUCUUGCCUGAUGGCAGGCUUUUUACCGUAGAUAAUCAAAACAAGAAAUGCUUGAUUUACAAUGAGAAGCUUGAGAAAGUAGGAUCCUAUCAGUUAUCGUAUUAUCCACUGUGUGUAGUUGUUGUAUCUGAGGAGGAAGUGGCGAUAACAAGUGGCAAUGUAUACAAGAUAGACUUUCUACGUGUCAGUAAAUCUAAUGAUAUAUCUUUGAUCAGGACAUGUAAUGUAACGACUCAAUAUGUGUCAGUAUGUCUGAUGGAUGAUAAGAAUUUUGUUGUUGGAACAAUUGAUGAUACAAGACCUUUUCGUAUUGUAUCUCUAUCAGGAGAAGAGAAAGAUUUCAGUAUCGACUUUCAGAACAAAAAGUAUGCGAUUGACGCCAGUGCCUGUACAUACAUAAGAGAUAGAGACAAAGUUGCUCUCACCGAUAGAAAUGCCCACACUGUCUUUAUAUAUGACAACAUGACCAACAGCAGAGUUGAUGUUGUGGACGAACAAAUCAGAGAACCAAGAAAUGCCGCAAUAGGACCGUUUGAUUGUAUCUUUCUUUGUAGCAUGAGAACAAACAGUAUUAUACAGAUUUCUCCAUUAGGAAAAAUUGUAGCAUCUCAUAAGAUAGAUAUGACGUUUCCUUACAGUAUUUGUUUCUCAAAGAACAAAACAAGACUUGCCAUUUCAAACAGUCCUGAGGAAGGGACAAAACUGCAAUUAUUCAAAGUUGUGAUAUAAUAUGUAAAUACACAAACAUCUCCAACAGAAAAAAAGUGUUAGAAGCGUGCAGGAAACAGUAAUAUCAGAAACACAAAUUUUACAAAUUACUAAUAAGUGUUAAGGUUAAAAGAAUAAAUUUAUUAUUUUCUUUCUAUGUAUCUAUAUUUAAUUGUUAGUGUGUGAUAAACAGUACUAAAAGUACCGUUGGAAGCAUUGAAAGUAACUAAGUAUAAGGAGUCUGAUCGUGAAGGGUAAUAAAUUGUACAUACCACACACUAGGCCUAACAACUGCCUUAGUGGAACUCUUAUAAACAGAUAUAUUGAAGAAUACCAUGUUCCAAAUGUAAUAUUUUUAGAGGAUAUUUGAUGUUAUUCUAGCAUUAAACUGCUGUUCUUAUCGCUGUUCUCUUAAAGGAGAGUAAGUUUACAAGUAUUAACAGAGAGUUAAUCUCGUAAAGACUCGCACUCACAUGCUGUUCAACUCUUUUUUAUAUUAUGCGCGUUCAAAGGAAAAGCGUAAACAGAUAAUUAUACGCCAAAAGAAAUGUUGUCAGCGUGAUAAAACAGCAAAGAUAUUCGAGUGCAUUUCAUGGAUAUUUAAUAACAUUCAGGGACAAUAUAUUCAUUUAUUAGAUUUUACAUAUUUUAUUCAAGCGUAAGCGCAUGUUCAUUUUAAAUUUGUGAACAUCCUCAGAAUCCCCACAGGAUACGUCGUUACCUUCGUCUUAGCGGGUUCAGUCACUUUCCAAUCCCUUGUUGAUUCUGCAGAUGGUGUAACAUGAAAAAACAUGCAUUAUUCCUACAGUAUUACUGGCUUCAUUAUACGCACCAGUCGAGGUCAACACAUUGCUUAGCACUUUUAUUUCCAUGUUAAACAAGUAAACAAAGGGAGUUCUUCACACGGACGAUUAACUCGCAUGCCAAUAAAUUUGAAAAUAUAAUAUACACACCCUUACAAUUAGUGAUUACGAUGAAAUUUGACAAAAUGUUCCUGGAGGUUUUUAUUCAAAAUAAUUAAAUGUCUAUUUUAUUCAGUAUAAACAGUAACGAAUCUGUUUUACUAUGUUGUGAAGAACAUAUUGGAUUUAGUAGGUGUAAUAACUGAAAAUUCUGUUUCACAAGUUGUUAAGUUCAAAUUCCGAAUCAAAGAUUAGCAGCAUGUUAUAUAUCAUAUAAAGCUUAUUUGUCUUUAUGGUUUAAGGUGUUACAGUUCGAAAUUGUUGAAAUUAUUGAAUGCAAUAAUCCUAUUCUUGUAUACAUUUUUUUUUGUGUAAUACCAAAUGUUUUUGUAGAGAAAGUUGUUUGAACAUGAAUUACCUGUUUUGUACAUACUGUAUUCCGUGUAUGCUUGUGGAAUUUUCCAAGUAGACAUUUAUAUAUUUAAAUAUCCUAAGUAAUUUAUCUAGUCUUCAUCUGCUG